AUGGUUGGACGCCACCUAGCAAAGACUUUAGCGACUGUAUCUCUCUCUGGGACCUUGGCCUCUGGGGCAGUCAGACCCAGCAGCUGCCCCAGCAUCCUGGCCAACGGGAGCCCAUUUUCCUCUUGUGAGUUUCCUCUAAACUUCGUCAUGUUGGGUUGGAACUUGACUGAGGAGAACCUGCACAAAAAGUCCAGGACAUCUCCAUACCCUGGCUCCAAUGUGGAGCGAAGCAAGGUCCCCGAUGAGAAAGUCAGCUGGUUGGUUGAGUGGCCAGAGUACAGCCCUGUGGAAUACACUGCUGGCGCUGUUUUGGCUCUGCCUGCAUGGGCAGACCCCCGGGUGGGUGAAAGGAACUUCUCUCCCAACUUCAGUGAAAAGGAUGGGCAUGACAGAAGGAGCCAGAACGGCUUAUAUGAAGUUGAACAUGGUAGACCCAGAAAUCCUGCCGGUCGGACAGGGCUGGCUGGCAGAGGGCUUUUGGGUCGUUGGGGCCCCAAUCAUGCCGCCGAUCCCAUCUUAACCAGGUGGAAAAGGGACUCCAAGGGCAACACAGUUAAUCAUCCUAUUUCUGGGAAAAACAUGCUGCAAUUUGUAGCCAUCAAAAGGAAGGAUUGUGGUGAAUGGACAAUCCCAGGAGGGAUGGUGGAUCCAGGGGAGAAGAUUAGCACGACGCUGAAGAGAGAAUUUGGCGAGGAAGCCAUGAACUCCUUACAGAAAUCUCGAGUAGAAAGGCAGGAGCUGGAGAAAGGCUUGCACAGACUAUUCAGCCAGGAGCAUUUUGUGGUCUAUAAAGGCUAUGUGGAUGAUCCUCAGAACACAGAUAAUGCGUGGAUGGAGACAGAGGCUGUGAACUACCAUGAUGAAACAGGUGAAAUAAUGGACAAUGUUCCCCUAAAAGCUGGUGCUGAUGCCAAGGAAGUGAAAUGGGUAGACAUUAAUGAUAAGCUCAAGCUUUAUGCCAGCCACUCCCAAUUUAUUCAACUUGUGGCUGAGAAGAGAGGUGCCCACUGGAGUGAGGAGCUGUGA